AUGUUCAAGAAUACAACCGCGAUGGUUCUUAAAGUUGUGUGUGUUGCUCUGAUGCUGUCUAAAGAAAUUUCAGUGUUGGCAUGCAGUUUGAACACAAGUGGGAACAUAAGGUAAAUUUGAAUCCGGUUCAAGCUUAUUCUUUGGUCAAUAAAUCAACUUUGGGUGUUCUCAUCUGAAUGACCUUUCUUUUUAGUGAGAGGUUAACAAUAGAGGGAAUACCGCCAGUAUUUGAACCUCAAAAUGCUUCGGCCAUUUUAAAGAAACUUUUGAGCAAUUACGACAAAAGGCUGAGACCCGGACAUGCAGGUAAUUUUUCGUGUUUUCCUGUUUUUGUUGCCUUUGUUAAAAUGAGACCAUAGUUCAUCCUCACUUGUCGCGAAAAUUAUUUCUUUUAACCGCGAAAACUAGUACCAUAAGGUACCGGACAGAUUUAGCGAAGAGUGUUUUGUUUUUGCCUUUUGCCAAAAUCACCUUUUUUCUCUCAGAACGACCUUUUUUUUUUUCAGAACGACCAGUUGAUAUUGCGAUAGACAUUGGAGUGCUGUCUAUUUCAAAUAUUGAGGAAGAAAACAUGGUAAGCCAGUCUUCAAUUUAGUAGCCUGAGUCGUAGACACCCUAUACCGCCGGUAUAGACUACAUCAGUGGUUUGAUGCGUGAGCCUGAUGUAACGUAGGCUACACGGUUUUUUGCAGUUUAUUUCUUUAUACAAUUUAAGUACUCUUGUAUUCUUCAUUUGGUUCACCUGCACGGAAUCCAAGAUAGUCUUGGAUUCUACACCUGGAAUCCACUCAGUGGAAUUUAGAUUCUAGAUUCCAAUCGUUAGUGGGAUUCUAGAUCCCCUGAGCUGUAUUCCGGAUUCCAGAGCCCGGGAUUCCGUAUUCCACAAGGCAAUAUUUCCGGAUUUCGGUUUCCACAAGCAAAAAUUUCCUGGAUUUCGAAAUCCAGAUUUUCUAACAUGGUUAGGUUACAGUGCAGCACUUGAUAACUAACACAGCAUUCUAACUCGUACUUAGAAAUUCACAGUGGAUAUGUUCUUGAGGCAAUUGUGGUUCGACAGCAGACUGGCGUUUGGCAAUGGAAGCAACGCCCUUGUGUUGAAGCAAGAGGUCCUUGAUAAGUUAUGGCUGCCUGAUACGUAUUUCGAAAAUAGUGUAAAGACCACUGUGCAAAAAGAAACAAUGACGGUGGUACUAAUUGGAGAUGGUUUACUUGUUUAUUCCAAGAGGUAAUUUGAAUCUUUAAGGGAAAAAAAAUAACGCUGACACUUUUGGAUAUGUGUGGUACUUGAGUAGUCAUUUGAAAAGUCGCUGCCAACAAAAAGUCGUUUCGGCGACAACUUUGCUAAAGAACUGGGGCUGACUCAAACUAUUCGACACAAAAAAAGGACCCCAUAAUAAUUUUAAAGCAAUUUAGAGUAAUUAAUUUGCCGGAAGAAGGAGAAUUCUUAUAUCAGAGCUCCGAGCUCCAGGUUAGAAUCGAACUCACGACCCUCCGAGUUCUAGUUCGGACAAUCUAACCACUGAGCUACUCGAAGCUCUAUGGAGAGAAAUUUAAUUGUGAUAAGAUAAAGAUUUCAAGAAUAACUGUCCACCGAACACAUGAGUGUACAAACAAAGGAUGUACAAUCAGUUUAAUAAUCUUUUCCUUUGUUUUUAAACUUGUAAUUAUUCGUUUAAGGGUAAAGGUCAUCGCCAGGACGUUGAUGAAUUUCCACGCCUUUCCUAUGGACAAGCAAACAUUCAGAUUGGAUGUUGCAUCAUGUAAGUAUUCGUAGCUUAUUAGGCGGCAUGUUAAGGCAUAGCUCACAUCCUAAUCAUUAACAUAAUUUGGCAAAGUGGCAUUUGAGAUGAAACGGAUUGUUUUGAUCAGUUGUCAUGAAACUUGGCGAACAGUUUUAGCUCGUUGGCCUUAACAAUAUGUGACAUAUUCAUUAUUGAAAUAUUAGUCACGUGACCUGCAAAUGAUCGCUAACUUUCAAAGUGUUCAAAUUAAAACGGGGGAAAGGAAAUGAAAGAGUAGCAAAUAUUCUUAGGCACCAGUGUUUUUCCCAUGGCCUGGAUAUUAUGAAAUAGCCCAACAUGUAUGCCUAAGUGGAGCAAGGAUUACGAAAUAAAGAAAAACAGGCCACUUGACUUUAAAAGACUUUAAUAACUCUUAUUUACAAUCCAAACAGUUUCGCUGACAAUUUGAUGACAAGUAUUUUUAGGCUGAAGUUUAAAAACCUUGCUCCCUUUUAGAAAACAGGUUUUAUGACGUUAUGAUCCAAGGAAUGUCACGUGAUGCUAGGGAAGAAUUUUCCAAAACUAUUUUAGUGAGAUAAUGUCGCUCAUGGGUACGGGUUGAGGUCGGGUUUUUCUCGUUCUGAAUUCCGCUUUGUCAGAACGGACCGCCUUAGUAAUUUUGUUACCCACAGUUAUAAUAGGAUUUAAUUGUUUUUGCCUUCUGUGCCAUGUGUAAUUAUGUGUUGUGCGUAUUCUUGACCUCCCUUGUAAUUUAGUGUUAUACACUACCAAAAGGGUUUAAUAAACUGAUUAUUAUUAUUAUUAUUAUUAUUAUUAUUAUUAUUAUCAUUAUCAUAUCUUUAUGCAACCCUUUACUUGGACCCUUCUGCGUCAUUAAAAAAGGUUAUUUGCAUUCUCUGUGGGGGGUCUUUUUAGCCUUUAAACCCAUGCCUUAACUUACCUCAUCGACUACCUAUUUUUUUUUUUGCAGACGGAUUUGAAACCAGCCAACUGCGCUACAGACGUAUACAUGUGCAUAUGUUGAACAAAGCCUAUGAGAUGUCAGAUUUUGUGAUCAUCAAUCAAAGUACAACAAUCGAUACCACAAAAUACUUCCUAGGUAUAUAUGAAACAGUCUCAUGUCAUCAUAGUUUGGUAAACAAGUGUCAGAAAAAUGUAGCAAUGAGAAAUCAGCAGUAAAUCAAACAUGGCGAGAAGGGGCGCUUUAAACUCUCUUUGGAGUCAGCAAGUUUCCAUAUUGAAUUCGAGUCUUGGGAUUUCUAUACUUUGGUGCAGAUUAAUAGUAAUGGUUUAGUUCUCCUCUUAAAAAAUAGAGGCAACAUGCACCAUAAAUUAAUCAAUAUGAUACAAUUACAAAUGACCACCUCACCCGAUCAAUUAUCUUAAGAUCGUAGUUGAAUUUUUAAAAUUGAUUAAUAUGAUUUAUCACCUUUGAAACGAGACGGUUUGGCCGUGAAUGUCCUGAUCCCAUCUAUCUUUGUUACAGGUUGUUUUGAGAUAUUGAAAAUCGCCUUUACUGCUAAGAGAAGAAGUGGUUAUUAUUUCAUAAAGGUCUAUUUUCCGGCUAUUCUUUGCACAGUGGUUUCGUGGGUGGCUUUCUGGAUCGACCCACGAAACAUUGGGGACAGGGGAACUGUCGGUAUUACCUCGCUGCUCACUCAGAUGUUCUUGGUGCAAAGCGUUAAUGAGAAUAUGCCACGUGUCAGCUAUGUAAAGGCUGCUGAUCUGUUUUUAAUUGUGUCCUUCGCGUUCUCCUUUACUACGCUUCUUGAGAGCGUUAUCGUUUAUAAGGCCGCCUCAAGAGAAAAGCGGAAGAUGAAAUCUUCACCUAUUGCCACACAGGAACACGAAACCGAUCAACAGACAUGUGUGUCGAAUCAAAACGAAGAGACGGCUGUUAAUGUCCUCGAGAGGAAGAACAGAAUUUCAAUGAUUCUACACCUGACAGAAGCUAAAGGUAUUUCAGAGGUCCGGGAAACGAACAGGCUCAUGGAAACAUGGAUCGACGGAAUAUCCCGAGUCCUUUUCCCCUCUGCCUAUGCAGCUUUUUUAGUUGGUUAUUUCACUACGUAUAUGGCUUAA